AUGGCCUCAGCCUUCGAUGCUGUGCCUCAAGAGAUCCUCGAACGUAUCGCGUACUUCUCUGUUCAAUCGGACUACCCCGGGCCUCCCUUUCAGCUCCUUCAGCUACUCCUGGUCAAUCGCCGGAUCCUAUCUUCUCUAUCGCUUGACUCCACCCCUCACCUUUACGCUCGCAUCUUCGCCGACAAGUUUGAUGCUAACGCGCAUCUUCGACGCAUCGGUCCCGUCUCUGCUAGCGAACUGGCGAUUGAGCUGAGGCGGCGAUUCACUGUGCUUCGUCGAAUACGAGCACAAGAGGGGUGUUGGAUCAAUGAGCGGGAAGGUUCAGAGCCGUUCUCGGAGGCGGACCUACGCCUGCUCUAUGAGACCCUGUUGACGUCAUACGUCAUGAUGCUCGAGAAUGACGGGAGGAAUGAGCAGCAGUUGCGAUACUAUGGCAUCGAGCGUUGGCUUACUGCUUUCUGGUUCGACUCUCUGGGCUCUUCAUGUGCAGCUCUCACAGUACAAAGAGGGUCAUGGCCUCCGAACAAUGACAUCUCUAGGCUCGGGAUGUGGUUGUUCUGGCUGCUGCUUCGGGCAGAGAACUACGUGAACUUCGAUCAGUCCAGCUUGAGGUCUGUCGUGACAAUAUUGAAAUGCUUCGCGCUAGCAGCCCACCAGUAUCCUCUGGACGAACCGCCCAACCCGGAAAUCCCAGCUUAUGGGGCGUACCCGCAAAUAUGCCCGCCGUCUCUUGCCUGCCCGGCCAUUCUAUCAUUCCUUGUACUGGCACCCAUUCUUUCGAAGCGACAACCCAGCCUUCAGGACACACUCCCUAUUACCCCUUCCUCUGUUUCGGAUGCCGCGCCGAUGAGCCAUGAGUGGGAUAACCUGUGGCGUCGCUCCACUGUGCGAACUUCGCCGAGGCUAUUCGUGCCUGGCAGCAUGUCCGGAGUUUGGGAAGGCCUAUUCACUUACACCGAUUUCACCGCCUACGCGGCCUUACUCGCCGGAGCGCCCCCGAUCAAACUUUUCCAAAGUAUCGUGGCGCGACACCAACAAACCUUCAGACUACGCGAAUACCAUUAUCUUGCAUCUGAUGACGACGAGACCGGUGCGGACAGCGUUCAAUCAAGCGGAGGUCCCCUGUCCGUGGGUGAUCCUUUGCGAGCGUACCUACCUGCCGGCGUACGUUUUCAGAUGUCAGGCAAUACGCUUCUUAUCGAAGAGGCGGGACGCCCUGAGCCGGUGCAGUACGUGCUCGCCCCGACCGCUGCAGAAGCUGGUCUGGAUGCCGCAUACGCCAGUCGAGUGCAGGAUGUCAUUAUCACUGGCGAGGGUCACUCUGCAUGGGGUGAAUUCAAUCUCGUAGGGCGCGUAAUGUUACACGAUGGUCUCAUCACGAUUUCAAAAGAAUAUAUCGAUGACGACCGGGGCAAGUGGCUCUAUCGCGGAUACUUGGCCGGCGAUACGAACGGCAACAUGGCAGGACGUUGGCGUGAUACAUUGAGCCCGCCUGAUCAAAUGGGAUACGAAGGAUGUUUCUUCAUGGGUCGACGACGCGCGCUGUAA